AUGGAUGCGUUCAGUAAUUUGUCCAUAGAUGAUAACACCAGCCCUGGUGGUGGUGGUGCCACGACGGCUUCCAUAGAUACUUUGCAGGGGAUCUCCAAUCUAUCCAUUUCUGAUCCCAGUCCGAACCCCAAUCAAUCAAAUAAUAAUAACAAUUUGUCAAGGGACGUGAUACACAAGUUCAUGCCGCAUUUCCCCAAUUAUCCAUCCCCCUUGAGAAACUCCAUGCAUUUUUUGGACUCAGGAAGGACAACCACAUUUGACGAUGAUGUGAUGGACCUGGAUAUGAACAUGGACGAACAACCACCACAGGAUGACAUUGUUGUGAAUGAGAACCAAAUUAGAAGAGUCAAAUUUGCAGAACCAAUAGAGAGAACCUUGCAUUCGGUUCCGGAAGAAGAGGAAGAAGCACAACAACCCGACAAGAAACAAUCGACUUCAAACGCAAAUGCAAAUGCAAAUGCGAAUGCGAAUCCCAAUAUGCUAAAGGCACUCCUGUCACCAACGAAACUCGGGAUUGCCGCUGCAACAAAGAUCGAUGGCAUACCUGUCGUUCCAGAAAGCGUGCCACCCGACACGAACGAAAUAGAGGAAGAAAUUCCCAAGGCAAACAAUUACACAUCUUCAUCGUCCUCAUUGGAUACUGAAAUGAUAAAACGGGAAUUGAGAGAACGUUCAAAGACACAACCCAUCCAAGUCAUGAUAAAUAACCACAAUUAUUACUACCCUGCUGACAUGUCCACCAAUCUGCUUUCACCACCCCUUGCAUCAUCUGAAUAUGAUCUCCCCAGACUCUCACAUGACACAGAUAAUAGAUAUAAAUUACCUAAUCCAUGGUCCAUUAAUUCACACCCCAUUUCCAAAGUUUCAUAUUCUCUCAUCUCAUACUUACAAUUAAUUUUAAAUUGUAUUACCAUUACAGCAAUUUUCUCCUUCUUAACUCUCUUUGUCAGAUCAAUAAAGAAAGAUUUAAAUUCCAUUUGGGAAACUCAAAUGAAUGCAUUAAAGAUUGAAUCUGAUUUAUGUCAAAAGAAUUACUUCUCAAAUAAAUGUAAUGCCACUAGGCAAUUACCAGCCAUGGAAAACAACUGUCAAAAAUGGGAAACAUGCAUGAAUAGAAACAACGAUAUAUUCUUUAGAGCAAGAACAACAUUAAGUGCCAAACUAUGCGGUGAUAUCAUUAACUCAUUCAUCGACCCCAUAGGAUGGAAACCAUUAAUAGUCAUACUCCUGGGUUUACUCAUAUGGUGCUUCAGUUCCAAUUUCAUUCUAGGAUUCGCAAGAGCAAAGAGUUAUUACGGUGAUCCCAUACAAAGACAACAACUUGCGUUUCGCCAGGCAAAUAAUAACAAUAAUAAUGAAAGUCAGCGAUACGAAAGUCAAUACAAAGAUGACAAGAACAUGGGCGACAAGAGCAUGAUUCGAUUAUAA